UUAUCAAUGUGCUGUUAAGCAUGGAUAUUUGCUUCAAUGUUGUGUUUUUUUAUCUGGUAUUUGUGCACGCCCAAGUUUGCGCAGAAAUUCCAAGCGAGUGUACGGGCUGUGGUUGCUGUGUACCCCGUCUAUAUACGUGUGAUCAAAACGAAAACUGCUAUAAUGGAUGCCUAGAUGGAUAUUGGGGUAAUAGGUGUUAUAACAAAUGUCUAUACCGCAACUGUAUAAAAUGUGAUCGUUAUUACUGCUAUCAGUGUAAAACAGGUUUUUAUGACAAAAAGUGUGAAUCCUCAUGUGGAUAUCAGUGUAAAACGUGUAACCGUUGGAAUGGUUGUACAGAAUGUAACACGGGGUAUUAUGGUUCUAGGUGUGAAAAGCAUUGCGGAGACUAUUGUGCAAGUUGUGAUAAACAAAUUGGAUGUACUGUAUGCGAAGCUGGAUAUUAUUCCAACAACGGAUUGUGCCGCCAAUGCUAUUAUAAAAGCACUGGAUGCACAUGUACAGAAUACAAAAAUUGCAUUGAUUGUAUGGUUGGGUAUUUCCCGAAUAAAGAACAAUGUUUACGAUGUCCAAAUACCUGUACAUCGUGCACUAGUUCUACACAGUGCACUUCCUGUUCGGACGGUCGAUUUGGAAAUAUGUGUCAAUAUCAAUGUGCAGAAACAUGCAUACACGGUAGUUGCUUUUCAAAGUACGCUACUUGUCAGUGCAAUUGGUAUUAUACUGGGGACACAUGUGAUCAGUGUUCCUCGGGAUAUUAUGGUCAUGAAUGCAUGCAGGCGUGUUCAGAAGGUUGCUCCUCUGAUACCUGCUCGCAGAAUGACGGAUCUUGCACAUGCAAAGAUGGAUGGAAGGGUGUUAAAUGUGACAGGUGUGCUGAUCGAUAUUUUGGAAACAAGUGCGAUAUGAAAUGCAAAAGAAACUGUGAUUCGUGUAAUGGAUUGUACAAUUGCGAGGUUUGUAACUUGGGUAAUUAUGGAAGUUAUUGUCAACACAGUUGCGGCAAAGGUUGUACUGAAAAUCAAUGCGAAAAGCGGACAGGAAAUUGCUCAUGUAUAAAUGAGUAUUUCAAAUCAACAAACACACCGCAUUGUAAUGAAUGUGUUACCGGCAGAUACGGUCAGGCGUGUGAGCAAACCUGUUCUAAUGGGUGUUAUACGUGUGAAAACGAGACUUACUGUUCUUCCUGCCAUGACGGGCACUUUGGUAUAUCCUGCCAAAUGCUUUGUCCUGAUGGGUGCCAAGAGAAUAAUUGCAAAAAGAAUGAUGGAUCGUGUUUAUUUUGCAAGCCUGGAUAUUUCGGAGAUUAUUGUAACAAUUCUUGCCCAGAUUCCUGCCAAUCGUGUGACCACUACGGUAAAUGUUCAGCCUGCAGACCUGGAUUUUCAAACACACAAAAACAGUGUACAUGUAGAAAAGACAUUUGCUUCAAUUCGUCACAUUGCGACUCAUGCACAAAUGCAUCCUAUUUUGCAAAUAAAAAUGAAUGUUGCUCGUGCAAUCUUAAUAAGUGUGUUUCAUGUACAAAGGCGUUUGAUAGCAUUAUUUGCCAACUGUGCGAAAGUGGAUAUUUUCCCAACAAAAAUGGACAAUGUGAAACGUGCAAAUUACGAUGCGCCGAAAACAAAUGCGAUUCAUCUUCGGGCAGAUGUAUUCAAGGAUGCAGUAAUGGAUACUGGAAUCCAACAUGUGACAAAGAGUGUGAAGAAGAAUGUUUAUCUUGCAAUCAAACAGAUGGAUCGUGUACCCAAUGCAAGAACAAUGCAAAAUAUGGACCCAAUUGUAGAAAAGAAUGUAGCAAUACCUGUAAAAAAUUAAUAUGUGACAUAACUGGAAAUUGUACAAAUGGAUGCAUUACAAAUACAUUUGGAAAGAAAUGUGAAAACACGUGCGAUGAUUAUUGUUUACCACAAGACAACGGAACGCUUUGUUCUGAACACACUGGAAUUUGUUUAUACGGCUGUCAAACUGGAUACAAAGGAAGAUUUUGUCCUAAAGUUAUUGAAACAGAAGCGGACGCACAAACAUCUUCAAGAGCAGCCCUUGGUGGCGGUAUUGGCGGAGGAGCUGUAGCUCUUGCUGCCAUUCUGGUUGUUGGACUGAUUUUGUUUCGACGAAGAAAGGUCAAUUUGAGAAAUCAAAGAAAAACACCUGAAACAGAACCUGAGAACUUAUCUGCUUUGUACGCAACGGUGAACAGAGGAAGACCUUCCCAAGAAGAUUAUGCCAAUGAAGACACCGAUAAUCUUCACUCUGUCACCAUCAUGGAAAACACCAGUUACCAGAUUUCACCACAGCAGAACUAUGAGAAGGAAGAUAUGUCUAUUUUGACGGAGGCCAAUCUUGAAAUUGAUGACGAAGAUUUUUGUGCACGGGAAUUCACAAACAUGUUUGAGGAAAAAGGAGGUGUUUAUUACAACAACGCAAGAGAAAUCAGCAAAUUAAAACUGACUGUAGCCGAUUUACCUGAAUAUGUUCAAAACCUAUCGGUAAAGGGUCUAGAAGAAGAGUUUCAGAAUGUACCGUACGGUCUCGUGAAACCCUAUGCAGUUUCACAAAUGAAGCUAAACAUGCACAGAAACCGAUACAAAGGAAUUUAUCCGUAUGAUGAUACGCGUGUUGUAGUACAUGGAGGAGACACAGACUAUAUCAAUGCAAGCUAUAUAGACGGUUUCAGGAAACGAAAUGCAUACAUAGCUGCUUUAGGUCCAAUGGCUAAGCAGCUGGGCGAUUUCGGCCAAUUCUGGCGAAUGGUCUGGCAACAGAAAGUGGAGAAGAUUGUCAUGGUGACAAACUUCGUAGAGGGUGAGAAAACCAAAUGUGAGCAAUAUUGGCCAGAUCAUGGUCAGAGAAAACUAUAUGGCGAUAUAGAAGUUGUGUGCAAGGUUGAACGACUGUACGCAGAUUUCAUUUGGAGACAGUUAACGUUAUCCAAGGGUAAACACAAUUUCGAAGAAAGAAAUCUGCAACACCUUCAGUUCACAGCGUGGCCAGACAAGGACAUUCCUGAUGACGUCACAUCAAUUAUAGAGUUUAGACAGAAAGUGAACGCCUUGCCGAGUACUUUUAAUGGACCUGUGAUAGUGCAUUGCAGUGCCGGCGUAGGAAGAACAGGAACCUACAUAGCUCUGGACAUUCUGACCAAAGAGGGUGAAACAGAAGGAGCAAUAGAUAUCCCGGGAUGUGUUUUCAACAUGAGACAGAACAGACCCAGCAUGAUUCAGACUUUGAGUCAAUACAAGUAUCUACACGAAGCUUUGGUCCAUUCAUUGACACUUGAUUGCUCGGUGAUAAAAAGAGAACACUUCCAUGAAUAUAUGAAUAUGAUGUCCAGCAAACAGGAGAUACAGAAGCAGUUUGAGAAAAUGCAGUUGAAUCAAGAGCGAAAGUCAGAACAGGAACUGCAGGCUAUGGAAAGAAAUCGGCUUCAGACAAAAAAGAACAGAAAAUACGCAGACAUACCAGGUGAUUCCAACAGACCACGACUUUAUCUGUUUUUGAAACCAGGCGAAUCUGAUUACAUCAAUGCGAUAUACAUCAACAGUUUCAAAACAAAAGACCGCUUUUUGGUUGCACAAACACCUCUGGCUGACACAGUUUCCGAUUUUGUUGCACUUGCUGUUCAAGAAAACUGUUCCUGUAUUGUUAGUAUGGAGGCACAGGGGAUUGGCUUAUAUGUUCCUGGUGACAACCUAUCAAUGAAGAAAGGUGUGAUUUCCAUACGUUCUGCCAGAGAUCAAAGUUCAAGACACUUUGUUAAAAGAAAGCUGCACUUUGAACCCGACGAAAAGCCCAAGCCAGAGAUUAGAAUACCACACUAUGAAUAUUUGGACUGGAAUAGAAAUGACGAUACUCCAAAGUCGGCAGAACACUUUGUUGCCUUCAUCAAAGAGGUUGAAGACGCAUCCAAAUCAUCUCACUUGAACGGACCGAUAUUGGUGCAUUGUAUGAACGGCGCUGGAAAGAGCGCACUUUUAUGUGUUGUCUCGACAUUACUUGAAACACUGAGUGAAGAUCAUGAAGUCAGUGUGGUCAAUGCGGUGAGGAAAGUCAGAGCAAGACGACCUCUUUCCAUUCCAAAUAAGGAACAGUUUUUCUUUUGCUACGAGUGUGUUCUCCAAUCCUUGAAUACAACAGAUGAUGCUGUGUACUACAACACAAGUGCGAAUAUCAAGAGGAAGUAAACACGACUGACCAUUGUGAUACAAGACGUCGAUGUGUUGCCCUUUUCAAGAACACAUGAAUAUUAACAUCAUGGAUAGAUAUGUAAUCUUCAGCUUCAUUACGUAUAAUUUGCUAUGUUGACUUAUGUAAACGUAAACUGAUUGCAGUUCUGCAUCACCGUAAUCACAUAAUUUACAAAACGCUAGUGUUUAUAUGUAUAUCUAAACAUUGUUUUUUGACUGUCAUUGUAAAUAUUUGCAUACUUACUGCACUCAUUAUUUGAGUCAUACUGUAGUGUAUUGUAUUUGAUCGAAACGAGAUCCCAUAGGAGAGGCAUAAAUGCAAAUUUAUCGCGCAAUAGGUAACAUUUGAUAAGAUUCAGCGACAUUCAAUGUGCGCGUGGGGUAUACUUUCAGUCGUUAAGUUGAUGUAAGAACGCAGUUAGUGCUGCUUUAAUGAUUAAUGAACGCAUUGUACAUUAUCAUUGUCAUUACAUAUGUGUUGCAUUAUGCCGGAUGUAGAAGGUACUUUGAAUACACAAUGAAUAAGAAACGUUUACAAAGACGUCAUACAAUUAAACAUUUUUUAUUUCAUUUUUAUAAAAAAAAAUGUUGUAUUUAAACGAGCCAUUAAGUAUUUUAAAUGUUUUUGGCGUUGAUAAGGUUUUCAUUGACAAAAUGUUUUGUACGAGAAAAUUUGCACGUAACAUAAUAUUUUAUUAAAUAUUUAAGCAUUUGCAUAACUGCAUAUAUAUAUAUAUAUUUUUAUAGAAGUUAUAUUUUUAUUUAAAAAUAGUUUUCUGAUAGUAUUCUAUGUUUUCUACCAACUUGCAUUGGCUUCAAAUAAUAUGUAUACUAUAAAACAGUUGAUUUAUGAUUAAAAGUGUUAUCAUUUAUCAAAAGGCAAAACGUGGAAUGGUCAACAUGUCCAAUGGUACAAAAACAUCAUGUCUCACUCAAACUUAUAUGACAUGAAUAUUAAAGUGUAAGGAUGAAUCUGAAAACAGGAGUAUUGUCUGUUUACUUUAUUUACGUUUUUUUUUUACAUUGAAUUAAAGCAUUAUAUGUAUUGAAAUGUUUUUAUAAUGCUCCAAAUUGACCUUAUUCAAAAAAUAUGUUGUAUAUAUUUUUAUAACGAAUAAAAUAUAUUGUUCUU